GUCCUGAACAGCUGUGUACCACCCAGUCAGGACUUUUCCAACUGUGUCAGCACUGUAAACAAGAUCUUGUGUAUAUUGACUUUAGAAAUGGGUGCGUCUCAACCUACUGAUGAGCAGAAAGAGAAACCAAACCUACCUGUGUGUCAGCAAGUUCCCUACGAAGGAGGGGUUUAGUUAUUUCUUUAUAAGCGAGUCAAGUUCCAACUAGUUUUCAGUUUUUAUUAAUACAGUGAAGGUGAAACCUCAGUGAAGAGAUAAAGACUGCACAAAGGGAGGGCAUGAUGUCUCCAUCAAGGACUGAACUAGAGGAAGCCUUGUGUCACUACAUGACACACACCCUCAACAACAUCAACAUAGUUAGAGAUUUCUGUGAGGGGUUCUCUAUAUGGAAGAAAAGGAGGUGCGAGGAAAUCAACAGCAUGAAUGGCAUCAAAGACAGGGCUGACGAACUGAAAUUCAGUCAUGUUAUGAAGUCAAAACACAAAAGCAAAGCCUUUCGGAAUUUUUUGAGCCUCAACUUGAGGCAGUUGUGUGCAGACAGGCAUAUAGAGCUGGGACAGGAGCUGGAUGGAGUGUUGAAGAAAACCCUGGAAGGUCUGGAGAACCUCCACGGCUUCCUGGAUGCAGUGGAGAGGCUGGCUGUCACCUCACCACACAUUUUCAUGGAGAACCAGGUGUUACGCCUCCCUGAAGACUUCAGACAUGUUCAGGUUGUCAUCACUGCUGCAACAGAAAUCUGCCCUCGUCUGCUAGUGUUUAAAAGAGAUGCCAAAGUCUUCUUCACUCCCAAACUUCAGAAUGCUGAAGUGUUGAUAUAUCAACUGGACAAAUAUGUGCAGAUCACCAAGAAGAUCUGUAAGACGUUGGAGGAAAGAUGCUUGAAGGUAUUUGGCCUGAAGCUGACCAACAAACCUGUGAUAGACACGAAUGUGGAUUUGUCUGAAGAAGAGAUUCAGAGGAUGCUGCAUGACGUUAACCAUCUUCGUGAAAUCAGAGAAGACCAGAACUUCCGCACAGUCUUCUUGUUCCAGGACGUGUAUUAUUCUGAUUUCAUCCAUGAGUUCAAUGACCAACAGCCCAAGAUGCUGCAGUUUCUAGAGAAGCUGGAGGAAGCUGCUGUUCGCCUGGACAAAAUUAAAAAAAGAUCAACGAUCUCCAGUGUGACAGGCAGCUCAGUGGGGGCAGUUGGAGGUGUGCUGUCCAUCGUUGGGUUGAAAUUAUUAUGUUCAGCUUUGAUUAUUUUUGGUGCAGUGUUGGGAGUCAUAAGCGGUGCCAUUGGUAUUGUCACCACUGCCAUAGAGGCUUUAGGUAAUUAUGAACAACAAGUUAAAGCCGACGAAGCCUCUCAGAGCUUUAUGGAAGGUGUGAAGUGUCUGCAAGAUUGUCUGGAGGACAUGAUCAAACAACCAAUCCCAAGUCUAGAAGCAAAUACAUUAGAUGGGACCUUAGCAGCAACCAAGAUUGUUUAUAAGGUUCGUGGUAUUGGAAAGGUUGUUGAUGUUAUUCUUGACGCUGCCUCUGCUGUUAAGCAGGUGGCCUUAGACUUUGACAUAGGUCUCAUCCUUUCGAAUGCUCUCUUCCUUGUCAUGGAUAUAUUCUUUAUAUGUAUAGACAGUGUCAGUCUGACCAAAGGCGCCAAGUCUGAAGUCUCACAAUUCAUCAGAGCCAGAGCUGAACUUUGGAGCUCUGAGAUGGAGUCAUGGAAGAAGAUCCGCGAUUGUCUGGACAAAGGUCUGCAAACAUCAGAGGAAAAGUGUGCUGUCCUGGAGAAACCAUUUAUCAUUUAGGAAAUUCACUGAAUCUGGU